UUUUUCUAUUGAAUUCAAGUUGUAACAAAUCAGUAAAGGUGAAUACAAAGAAAGUAUUGAACUUAGACACUUUUUAGAAGUCACUCUUGAAACAAUGAAUGAAAGGAUAAAGAGUUGAACAAGUUUUUUGAAUAUUCUUCACAUAGUCGAAGAUCUAAAACAUUACAAUAGUUUUGAAAGUAUCGUGAUCCGGGUCCUCCAAAUCAAGCGAACAAGCGAAAAUGGUGCGGAAAAAAUUCAAAUCAUAAACAGCUGUAAAUUUGGUCAGAUCACGUAGUUUUACAUUCGCGGAAAUUAUGGCUACAAGAACAACGACGUGAACUAGUGCUUCGAUCAAAUAGCAAAACCAACUGCCGAUUGCACAAGGUCAAUAUUGGUGAACAGACGGCAGCGCAGGAAAAAGGCGAUUUCCUGUAGUCGGUCAAUAGUCUGCGGAAGAAGAAUGUCUGGCAUGUUCAGCUACAAUAGAGAGGCAGUGCGGGUGAAGGUCAAGAAAUACGAGAAUAAUGUAGAAACUGACACUCGUAAGUUUAGUGUCGAUCCGCAAAUUACCAGCCUCGAGGUGUUGUGUUCGAUUUUGGCAAAGGCGUUCGAUCUGCGAACGGAUUUCGGCAUCAGUUACAAAGCACUGGAUGCUGCGGGUCAGGAAAGCUAUCUGGUCGUUUUGUCGGAUUGGGACUUAGAGGCGGCCUUCCUGAGGGCGCAUAACCAAUCGAUAGCAACAAAAAGCGAACCAUGUCUGUUUCUGCGUGUGGACAUCAAGCCUUUUUCGGUUACUUCAGAAUGGGACGGAGCAGGCAAUUCUGGAGGAAUCACCAAGGAACUAGUCUCACUGCAGCAGUCGAUUGGAGCGGGUCACAAAUAUGUUCAAAACAAGCUUCCAGGACUGAUCAUGAACCAGAUGGAAAAGACUUUUUCCCUGGUGCAACGAGCGUUGAACUUGGCCGAAGACCCCACGAUGACGCAGGCUAUCCGGCCUCCAUUAGCUGAUGCUGAAUUUCGAACGUUUUGCGACUCGGUUGGACAAAUUGUGGAACCGGCACAUCUUCGAAAAGUCAUCUAUUUAGGUGGGAUUGAUCCCAGUCUGCGGAGGGUAAUCUGGAAGCACAUAUUGAAUGUGUACCCGGAAGGGAUGACUGGCAGGGAGAGGAUGGAUUACAUGAAAAAGAAGUCUGGCGAAUAUUAUAAGCUUAGAGACGUAUGGCGAUCGGCGGUACAACAAGGGAACAUUGUCGGGGAAUUGGCCUACGUAACGAGCAUGGUUCGCAAGGACGUUUUGCGAACCGAUCGAUUACAUCCGUUUUACGCCGGAAGCGACGAUAAUCAAAACAUAGCGUCGCUCUUCAACGUACUGACUACUUACGCUCUGAAUCAUCCGGCUGUGAGCUAUUGUCAGGGAAUGUCCGAUAUUGCUUCGCCUUUAUUGGUUACUAUGGCUGAUGAAGCACAGGCCUAUAUAUGUUUCUGUGCCAUCAUGACCAGGUUGAGCUGCAAUUUUAUGCUUGAUGGAAUCGCGAUGACUUUAAAAUUCAGUCAUUUGUCCGAAUCGCUGCAGUACUAUGAUCCAGAAUUUUUCGCCUAUCUGAAAAGACACCAAGCAGAUGAUCUAUUAUUUUGUUAUCGCUGGUUACUCUUAGAAAUGAAGCGAGAAUUCGCCUUUGAGGAUUCGUUGCGAAUGCUGGAAGUCUUGUGGAGUUCGCUUCCGCCUAUGGCCCCAAACAUAGAGCUGUCUCUGUUUGAGAAAGAAUAUGAACCUCCUCCGGUGGACGUUCCUCAGCCAAAGAGUCCAACGCAGGUCGUACUAAGGACUCCCCGUGAAAAUCCUUACACCAAAAUUUGUGCUCUCAGAAGACAAAGCUCUGCCAUUUCAUUAAGUUCCUCCUGCACUAAUCCUAUCAACAUUAUAAACGGACCCGGGAAACUGGAUGCAACAAAACGUUUGAAUCUCAGCCUAGACGAAAACAUAACACGUGAGACGUUGUACAAUAAUAAGAAUAUCAGCAAAGUGCACCAGAGUUUGGACGAGGCGAAAACAGCUUUAGUGAAACAACGUAAAAUAGUUCGCAGUGUCGGUGAUGACGAUAUACUAGAAAGUAGCAAUCAAGCUCAAGGUGAAACAGAAGAACACAAUGACGAAGACGAUAACGUAUUCCAGCCACUUGCACCUUCAAUGGAAUUACCCACUUCAACCGGAACUAAUCCAUUUCUGGAUAGCCCUUCUGAACAUGUGACUUCAACCGAUAUCGAGAAUCGGAAGGAAACUUUUCAAGUGAUUCAAUCCCGAAAGCCAGCGCAUAACCAAAUGGAAAAGGAGUCCAAGCCGUCAUCUCAAAAAAGGCAACUACCACAAUCGCAACAGUCUAGUGAGGAAAAUGGUGCUCGGAAGUCGCCAAUCACUGGAAGUAAAAGCAUAUUCUCGGCAGGCACGGGAAAUCUGAUUGCACGACAGCUCAGCACCCAACGAAAGAAUUUCAGCACUACCAGUGGUGGACAUUUCAAGGAUCUAAAGGAGAAGCUGGCAGCAAGCAAGAAAGGAAUAUUCGCAUCAUUGGAUAAAUCGGACGCUGAAGCGCAAACCGGCACCGGACAGUCGGGCGAGGAUCGUAAGCCAAAGCUUGUGAAAAACUUCAACGAGUUCCUUAGUUUCGCGGCUAUGAACCGUAGUCGUAUAAGCGAUAGAUUGAACAACAAACGUGUUACGUCAUCCUUGGAUUCCACCUGUAGUACUCUCACCAUCACAACUGGUUCGUCCAUUACCGUAGAUGAUGACUCCACGGAAACGAUCGAAUACGAUGAACUGAAACCCAAACCGCUGAUCAAGUUGACAAAGUCUUCGUUUGAUGAUUCCGACUCUUCUAGUAUUGGGGUGGCCGAUUCUUGCACCGCCGUAUCUCGUUCUAGUGAUAACAGUAGCUUCAUCGUGGACGAUAGUUCCGUUUCGGUAUCCCCGGUGCACCAGCCACUGCAAGAGAACGAUAUCGGCAGCAGUAAAGAUGAAGAGGAUGAAGAAAGUGACAAAUUGCACUUCUAUGAGCAACCAGUUCAAGAUGGAAGCAGUCCAGAUGACUCUCAGGAAUAUUUCCCCAUGACAACGUCUAUGACCCGAGAGUUGAGACUGGAGCUGGAGAACUUAGACCGACACGUGUUCGGAACUGAUUUUCACAAUCAGCAGAGGUUCUACACGCUGGGUGGCUGCAUCGAGCUGGAUACCCCACCGGAAAGUGUCGACUCCAUCAAAGCAUUUGCACAAUCGCAACCAAUCCAGAAUCACAAGUUGAACAAUCAUACUGGCGAUGCGUUGGAAAUUCAUUCGGUGGAUGAAAUAUGUGAUCUUAAAGAAAUCCCUAGUACCGAUGUCGUUCGGUAUCGCGAGAAGAAGCGACCAAGGAGUGACGUCGACAUAGAUAGUAAGCGAGUCAGCACUUCCAGUGCUAAUGCCGAUGUAUUCGUGUGGGAGAAUCCACUGCAUCAAAUUGAAAGUCCAAUAUCCGCCGGAGGAGGUGAACUAUCUCAGGGACGGCCGCUUACAACUAUGAUAGAGCGAACAGCAACUACACCCGAUGAACACCCAGAACUUGAAUAUGAUGGUGAAAUUAUUGUGGAGGCGGGGACUGGUAAAAAAUCGGUCACUCCAAUAAGAUUAAUCCGUAGAACAGGUGAUCAAUCAAAUAGUAAUUCCAAUCGCAAUUCGAUGGUCCUUCCGGACUCAGAUUCAGACGAUUCACCAGACAGAUGCUCAGCAGUCAAUUUUAGAUUUCAUCCAAAUAACCCCUUUUAUGAAGCAAACUACACCGAGCCAACACGUAUCCCAGUCACAAGAGCAGCCUCUUCUCCUUGCGAAACAACUCAAGACAUUCCACAGACAACGAACAUUACCGGCUCAAGCAAUUCUUUUGAGGAAGCAACGGAAGCGUCCAAGGUAGACAUAGCUGUGCAACAAUCCACCACUAACAUUCCAACCGAUGUGACACCACCAGAAAACAUUGACUCCAUCAAGGUGGCAGGGGUGCUACCGCCCCCGCAUGAAUUUGGCGGCGGAAAUCCAUUUUUGAUGUUUCUCUGUUUGACCAUACUGUUACAACAUCGAGACUACAUAAUGAAAACCGGCAUGGACUACAACGAGAUGGCAAUGCAUUUCGAUAAAAUGGUUCGAAAACACAACGUGGUUCGGGUGCUGAAUCAAGCACGGCAAAUGUAUGCCGAAUAUAGGAGGUUGUACAUGCAACAGCAACAACAACAGAAGAGUAAUGCUGGCAGUGCGAGCAUGACCAGUAGUAUGUAUGGGAACUUAGGGGGAAGAGUGGCGGAAAAUGUUAACGGAAAUACUAGCGGGAAUGUACACCCAAGGAGAAAUACGACGAGUGGAUUGACUUUUACUACGUAGGACGUGGUAAAGUGGAAGAACUUCAUCCACGUCUGAAGCAGAAAAGGCCGAAAAAAGAAAUCUAGGAUACAACUGUGAUGUAUUAAAUGAGGCACGAAAUCAUGCUGUUAAAAAUGAUGACAGACUCGAAGCCGAAAUCAACAGAGAUUACGCAUUUUUUCCAGCUUCGAAAAUUGUGCUUACUGAAUUUAUUCUAAGUCAGCUAUAGCUUGUUCUAUUUUAGUUAUUGACACUGCUGCUUAUUCCAAAAAAUAUUAUCCUAAGAACUGUUUUCAGUCAUUUUACCUUAUUGAGUUGUGAUACUAUUAAACGUACUGAAUCCUACAAACUGAUUUUUUUAUUAUUAUUGAGAUAGGUACUUCAAAAUAAGUGAGACUUAGCGGGGCUAAAGACUACAAACAACUAACAACAGCACACUACUGGAUAUAUAUAGAUGUACCACAAUUGAUAUUGGAAAACUGUCUAAGAUAAGUUUAGUAAUUUCCAUUUAAUUCCACUACGUUUUGUUAUUUUUACAGAUACGUAUUUCGACCUCAACUGUGAGGCCGACUUUCGUCGAGUCAAGUACGAGACACUGAAUCGUAUCUGUAAAGAUAACAAGACGUAGUGGAAUUACAUGGAAAGUACUCUUCUUAGACAUUCGAAGACAUUCCACUAAAAGAGCUCAAAUAUUUUUUCUGAUAUUGGGAGUUGAAAGUAGACGUUCCAUCAAUUUCCAGACUCAGGUUUCCAGAUGCACCUUUUUUUUAUAAAAAUUUAUAACAGAACAACAUUUGGCGAGAUGUGCCGAAAUGCAAAUAAUCUAAUUAACUUCUUAAAAAAUAACAAACAUCAAACCAGCUACUAUAUGUCUUUAUGAUGAUAUGAAUUUGGAAAUGACAUGUGGCAACGAAUGAAAUGAGCCCAGUUAUAAAAAGAAUGCUGACUACUUGAUAACAUAUUUCCAGCUGUGUUAUAUUUGAAAAUAUCGAAAAUGAAUCGAAAUAAUUAAAAAAUUGUUACCUGGUAGGUCUCACUAGCCUCGAUAUCUUUUAUCUGUAAUGUUGAUCAUAUUAAGAAACAACUGUGUUUAUUUUUACUUUUAAAUAGAAUCACCUUCAAACUUAUCAAAUCAAUUACACACGAAUGAACGUAAUACCAAGCUGCGAAGUCAAUAAAUAGUUUUCAAUGAAAAAAAAAACUGGAUGUAAAAUAUAGUCAACAUAAUAAAUGCCUAUUAGAAUACAGGAUACAUUAUACCAAAAAUAAAUAUAUUUACAUUUAACACUCCCAAAUUUUAGAGGAAAUAGAUAGACAUUGAAAUGCAAAUCCAGGCCGAUCGAUUUUACGUUCAUUUUUUGUACCACCUUUUUCAAUUAAUGUAAUGUGUUUCCAACACAUGUAGCCUAAUGUAGCGUGAGCCAAUGUGUUGGUAUCUUUACUGGCAUGAUAUUUAGCUGGACAACAUGGACAACCGAUUGAUGAAAAUGGUUUAGUUUUUCCUUGACUAACAAUAUUAUAAUACACAGAUUUAGAAUAUUUCGGAAAUCGUAAACUAGGUCAUAAAACCAAAUUGUUAAUUUAAUUGUUUUGUGAACUUCCAUAGAUUUUCUUCCAGAUCAAAACUAAGAACAAAUUAAUAUCAUUGUCUUGUUCAUGAUGCCAUCGUAAAGCAGUGUCGUAAAAUUAACGACAUUCUGAGCUACCUAAACCUAAUAAUUACAGUAACCAACAUUCAGCACAAAAGAGUUCGAACAUUACAAUAACCUGUUACACACAUUCUCGCGCUACAGAAUAACAUGAUAAACGCAUGAAACAGUAAAGUGAAUAUUAAAAUGCACUCAAAUAGAACCAAAAUUGAAAAAAAAAACAAUGCAAUAAAAAAAUCGAAACAUUUAUGCAAUCUUUUGCUUUGCUUUGCAUACAUCGCAACUGAAAAACGAUUUAAAUAAUAGUACGAAAUAACUAAAAAUGUAUUGAACUUGUGUAUGGCACCUAUAUUUCUUGCAUCAGCUCUUCAAAUUCGAGCAUGCGACCUUUUGUAUGUGUAUGCUUUUUUCACUAAGCAAUACGAAAAAUAAUUUCAAAUAAAGGUCACAAUUUAUCAUGAAACUAUCUAUUAAUUAAACACUAAAAAAGUGAUAUAAUCAUUCCACACUAUUUUAGCUUCGUAAAUCAGUCAUCUGGCGGUAAAAUAUUUCAAUUCCACCAUAAUCAAUUGAUGAAAAUAUAUUAAUAAACUUUGCCAUUUUUUCAAAUGAAACGACUUUAUUUUAUUUAUAUCAUGGAGUAAACGCGAAAAAAAAUGAUGCUGAUGUAAAUUAAUAGCUGAAGUGUUAGAAAAAAAAAACUCGGAAGUGGAAAAUCAAGUGUGUUGAUUUGUUUUAUACACGAGUGUGAUCAGUGUAUUCUCAAACUUAAUUCUGAAUUAGGUUAGCUUUAGAACAAAACAAUAUGUAUGUUUAUUCUAGUGAACCGUAAUUAACUAGAAGAGAAACGAAAUCGAAAAUAAACAUAUACCAAUAAAGCUGAAA